ACGAGUCAAAGGUUAUUUGCGUUCGUAAAACGGUUGCAUCGACUGGAGCACGCGGUGACACGUUCCAGCGUUUGUCAGCAUUUCCAACCAUGAAUCACAAUCAACUGUACGUAGGAUAGCGACCAAGAGGAAAAGAAAAAUGACACACAACCAAUUAGAGGUGAGUUGUCUGCCUGCACCAUUGUAUCAUUCACGGAGGAAUACAGGAAGUCUGACAGCUCUGCCAAGGGAAGCCAACAGUGACACGGGGCAACACGGCCAAGAUGAAAGAUGGCCCGAGGCGUGGAUUAUGGCUUUGGCAGGGCAGUGAAGCUGUCAAUCAGCGACAUGUCUGGACUCAUUGUACACUCGUCAUCAAGAGUUCCUCGGAAUCACUCCUGCAUGUACCUGACAGUGCAAAAAGGAUCAUUACUCUAUCGCAAACCUGCCUCCACCUGUCAGUCGCGGGCUCCACAUCAGUCAGCCGCACGCCGCCACGCUCUGGAUGCUCCGGCGGCGCAGGCAGACAGCGGAGACGGAUGCUCACACCGCGGAAAGCGCCGAAUUAAAAGGCAGAGGCUGAUAAAUUGACAGCCGGGCCCUCAGGACGAGGAUGCAGACGAUGGGAUGAUCAACCUGACUGCAAGAGCUGAGAUUCCAGACUCCCUGAAGAUUCCGAGAGCAAUUUUGCGGUGCGGGGCCAAUGAAGUCACCGACUUUAAGCGGCGGGGAAAAGAAGGAAGAAACAUUAUGACAGUAAUGCUGACAAUGGAGUGAAACCAAACACGCUCUUUGCAUGCUCGUCAUCAUAAGAGUUCUACCCACUUCCGCAAAACGAUCCAAUCGUAGGCAAGUAUACUCAGAGCCGUCAGAGAUUGACCAAUCGGCGCACAGCUCGCUCCUAUGUCAUCACUUCAACUUCCCUAGCGGGAAGCAGAACAGCUGUCACAAGACGUCCCGGAUAAAUGGUAAACAAACCCUUUUUCAGGCUUUUUUUUAUCAUUCCACAUUUGAAGAUGAAACUCUCCCGUGCUGAAUACAAAGAGAUCGUGAGAUGGACAGAGCAACUAAGACCAACGCGGCAGUGUAUGAAGAUGCUAAAAGACAGAUUUCCAAAUCACUCGCAGUCCACUCUUCUGAGCAUCUUCUCCCUGGAGUAUCAGAAACGAACCAAAAGGACCAUCGCGAGGCACCACGCGCCCGAUGUCAUCGAAAGCCACUACCGAAGGUAUCUGAGCGAGGCCACGGCACAUCCCUCUGCUCCCGUCUUGCUGGAGUUGGCCAAUGAGGUGGAUCUGUCUCCUGCGCUGAUGGCUCGUAUCAUCCUCGACAGGUUCCUUCAGGACCAGGAGGGCGGAAUGCCCUCCAAAUCAGUCCUCAACAGUAUGCUCAAGGAACCAUCGUUAAUCCCAAACCAACCCUGGGCCCAGAACGUCUACCAAUGCACCGUAAACGACUGCUGUUAUGGACCACUGGUAGACUGCAUCAAACACGCUAUUGGCCAAGAGCACGAGGUUCUGCUCUGUGACAAACUCAAGGAGAAAAAUUUGUCCUUCUUAGAUGAGAACCAACUGAGAGCAAAAGGUUAUGACAAAACACCUGAUAUCAUCCUGGAGGUCCCCGUUGCCGUGGAAGGACACAUUGUUCACUGGAUUGAGAGUAAAGCGUCAUUUGGAGACGACCACAGUCACCGCACUUACCUCAACGAACAGUUUUGGAGCUACUGGAACAGAUUUGGACCCGGCCUUGUUAUCUACUGGUACGGUUUCAUAGGUGAACUGGACUGCCAGAGAGAUCGAGGGAUCCUCCUCAAAGAUCGCUUCCCUACGGACAUCGUCGUCCUCGGCAGGACCGACGCGCCAGUCGCGGACAAAAGAUCAAGAUCAUAAAUUUAGCUGGAAGGAACGAUAGUCGAGGGUGACGGCGCAGGAAGGGCAGGAACAGGAACACCGGGGUAGACGAGAAAAUCCGGAAGUAAUUUCGCUUUCCUGCUUGAAGUCGAACCUUUUGCCGCCCUGAACUUUAGCUGACCCUCUGCCGCUACCUUCCUGCCUCUUAGCUUUUGCUACAAAGUACAAUCAGGCGACUAAAAAGUCCAUCUUGAAGAAGGUUCCCGGUUCCUGGUCAACAACUCUUGGCCCCCGGUUGACGGCGUGGUGUGAUGGAGGACCCGAGCUUGGACACAAGGACCUUCCUUAUCACACCCAGAGCCCCUGGCCUUUGUCACUCCUUCCUCUUCCGUUCCGUAAGCAGAUAAGCGAGGUGCGGUUCUGGGGGGGGCUGCUGGGAUGCCUGGCUCUCACCUGCGUCACUCAGUGCCCUCUCAGUCACUCUCCAAACGGGAGAACAGAACGCCGGCUGAUUAAGGCCACGGCCUCGCCCUGACCCUUUUUCCUUCCCUGUUUCACGUUAUCAAGCUCCUCUCAAGAGUUCGAUUAAUUCAUCUUACGGACUGUCUUUAAGUACGAUUGAAGAACUGUUUUCGUUUUCCGCAUCUGUGUGAAUUUAAAAAGUUUAUUAAAGUGUUGUAAAUUUCGUACUUGCUGGCUGGUUUUGUACGAUUGGCAUUCCAGAACUGAAAUGACCCAAGUAAAAAAAAAAACAACAUCCUGGUAUUUGUGGCAAUCAAUGUUUGUUAUUUUCUACUUAAGAAAAACCAAACGAUCACCAAGUGCCUUUAAAAAAAUGGGAACUUGAUCAACAGAUCAUUUCAAGCGCAGAUGUUGGCGAACCUUCAACACGCCAGAUAUCCUGAACUUAUCAAAAGAAGGUUGAGAAUUUCUCUGUGAACUUUUCACUCUGGUUGUUUUGCUUGUAUACAAUCUGACCAGGUAAGAGAAUGAUGUGUGACUUGUGGCAGCACAUCUUUACGACUGCAAAUUCUUUUAUGAGAGGAUGCUAAUGACAUAGGACGCUGUAAAAACCAAAAAAGAUGACCGUAAAGUUGACUGAUGCUUUUAGACGCAUAUUUGCGUUGCCUAUAGGACGCUCGCUGUCUUCUGAGGUUUUCCUGAAAUGACCCCAACACGUGAGUCAUGUUUGACACUCUUUUGGCAUCAUGCUAGCAUUGACAAGCGAGCAAACAGUGGUCGUGUUAAAAUCAUUUGAAAACAUGCAAUUGCUUAGCUUGCAUGUGUACAAAUUGUCAAUGCCUGGAAUCGAUUAUGCUUCGAUUUGUCCCACAAUAGGGAAUUACAAUAAGAAACACAAAUGCCA